AUGGCGCCGGCCCCGACCCGCCCUCCGUCCGUGUUCCCGCCCUUCCCUCCUCCCGUGAGCCCCCGCGCGCGGUCCCUUCCGGGCACAUCAAGAUGGCGCAGCCGCCGGUUCUCCUCAAGGACACGAAGCUGAUGGACGUGAAGCUGGGCCAGCUGGGCAGCUGGCUGGCCAUGAGGGACUUCACCCCCGGCGGCAUCUUGGGGGCCAUGCGAAGAGGUUAUGACAGAUACUACAACAAAUACAUCAACGUGAGGAAGGGGGGCCUCGGGGGUAUCUCCAUGGUGCUGGCUGGGUACAUUGUCCUCAGCUACAUGUGGAGCUACAGUCACGUGAAGCAUGACCGCAGGAGGAAGUACCACUGAGAUACCAUCAGAAGGUGAAGGUGCAGCUCCUGGCACAGCUACCCUGACAGGACACAUUAGAACUAUGGCUAUUCAAUCUGUACUCUUGUGACCAAUAAUAAAGUGCAUACACUUUACCUUUCUUGAGCUGA